AUGGCGGAUCUAGCAACCUAUGACUUCUUCCAUGAUAUCGACCGCCUCCAACUCUCACCUUUGACAGAUGUUUCACAAGUACCCCAGUGGGUGGCAGAACACAAGCGACGACUCUCGACUCUCCUUGAUCGCAAAGGAUAUGGGCUGCGAUAUGGCGAGGGAGAGGUCCAGCAGUUGCUGGCAGACUCUGUUAUGAAUCGCGUGACCGUCCCUGCUCUGCGGAAAGAACUCAACUGGAUGUGCGUCCACCACGGCUAUACGCUGCAAACUAUUUUUUAUUACCUGGACAUGGUGGCUGUUUUCAACAGCGUCACCGCAAUGCUUUGA